GGUCUCACUGUAUAGCCACAUGUCUCACACGGCACUGAGGCUUUAAGAGGACCAGAGACAGAGAAAGGAGAAAGGAGAGAGAGAGCUGGGUUCACUUCUUCAUCAUCUUCCUCACUCAUUUGGAUUACUGAGGGUACAACAGACAGGUCUCACGAUGGGAGGUAAGCUGAGCAAGAAGAAGAAGGGAUAUGAUGUCAGUGACCCUAAAGAGAAAAAGGAGGAGAGUGCUGUGGUAGCUACAGCUUCAGAGCAGAAAGCUGAAGCUCCUCAAACAAACCAGGAUGGAGGUGCGGAGAUCAAAGCAGAGCAAGUGGCUGAGAGUGCUACAGCUCCUCCUGAACCUCCUUCAGAAGCUUCAACCAAGCAGACCGUUUCAUCAAACGAGGAACAAGUGAAAGAAAAGCCUGCAGAAGCUGCGACUGCCACGGUGGAAGCUAGUUCAGUUCCACAAGAACUAACAUCUGCCCCGGAGACACCUGUACCUGCAAAAGAGGAGCCCACACCAACCUCAGAAAAAACAGCAGCUGCCCCAGUGGAAACUGCACUUGCCUCCGAAGACAAAUUAGCUGAACCUGUACUUGCCCCAGAGCAAUCCAUACCUGCCUCAGAUAAACUAACAGCUGCAACUGUCUCUGAGGAACUAGUAGCUGCCCCUGUGGAACCCGCAAGUGCAGAACCUGCGUCUGAAGAAUCAAUAGCUGCCCCUGUGGAAGCUGCAUCUGCACCCGCAGAACCUGCCCCUGAAGAAUCAAUAGCUGCCCCUGUGGAAUCUGCUCCUUUGGAACCUGCCUCUGAAGAAUCAGUAGCUACCCCUGUGGAAUCUGCUCCUGCCUAUGAAGAACCAGUAGCUGCCCCAGAAGAACCUGCACCUGUCUCUGAAGAACCAGCAGCUGCGCUUGUGGAACCUGCACCUAUCGCUGAAGAACCUGUAGCUUCUCCUGUGGAACCUGAACCUGCCUUAGAUAAACCAGUAGCUACUCCUGUGGAAUCUGCUCCUGCCUUUGAAGAACCAGUAGCUGCCCCAGAAGAAUCUGCACCUGUCUCUGAAGAACCAGCAGCUGCCCAUGUGGAACCUUUACCUACUUCAGAAGAACCAGUAACUACCCCUGUGGAAUCUGGUCCUGCUUCAGAAGAACCAAUAGCUGCCUCUCUGAAAUGUUCGCCUAUCUCUGAAGAACCAGUAGCUGCCCCAGAGGAACCUGCACCUGCCUCAGAAGAAUCAGCAACAAAUCAAAUAGUUGUUGCCCCAGUUCAGGAACCACCAGUUGUACCUAAAGAGGCUGCUUUUUCCGCAGUAGGGGCUGCAGCUCCCUCAGAUGAACCAGAGAAAAAACCAGCUCUAGCUGAAGCUGUUCCUACCCUAGUAGAGUCUGUUGCUGUCCCAGAGGAACUUGCGUCUGUCCCAGUAGAAAAUGUUGUUGCCAUGGUGGAGCCCACAGCUGCACCAGAGGAACCAUCAGCAGUACAAGAAGAGAAUGUUUCUGCUCCCUUAGGGACUGAAGCUGCAUCCAGCGAACCAACAGCUGCCCUGGAGGAACCAUCAGUGCCUGUAGAAAGAACUUGUGUGCCACAGGAACCUGUACCAGAGGAAUCUGACCUACAUGAACAAUCUGUUGCACCCGAGGAACCACUGGCUACACAAGAAGCUGCUUCUGCCCCAGUAGAGGCUGCAGAUGUCUCUGAGGAACCUUUAGAUUCCCCAGUGGAGACAGUUCCUAUCUCUGAAGAACCAUUACCUGCACCAGUAGAGAGUAGAGUGGUCUCUGAGGUGGCUGUAAGUGAUCCAGAGGAAUCUGAGCCUGUGGCCACCUCAGAGCAGGUAGAAAUGAAACCAGAUGAGCCUGUAAUCGCACGAGAAGAGCCUGAAGCUGCUCAAGUGGAGCUUGCAGCUGAACAUGUAGUACAGGAAGCUGUCCAGGAAGUUCUAAAUGCCAUGGAAGUACAAGCUGAGAUCACAGAACUUUCAGGGAUUUUAGAACAAGAAGCAAAACUGGAGUCUGAAACACUAGCACCUUCUGUCCCAGAGCCAGAAGCUAAUCCUGAAUCUCUUGUAGAUGCUGAGGAACCCAUUCCUGAGAUCGUCAUUUCAGAAUCCACCUCAGCCAACGAGAUUGUACCUGCAGAACCCUGCAGGGUUACGGAGGAGAAGCUGGAAAAUGGAGAAUGUGAAAGUGCUGGAUCAAUAGAAGAACCUUCACCAGCAUUAGCUAAAGAAAAUGGAGUGUGUCAGGAGCAGAUGAUGGGUGAUGCUCCUGUAGAUGGUCCAGUAGAUGCUCUGGUAGCUGAACUUCAAGGAAAGGAGUUUGUGAAUGGCGUGGUGGCUGAAGAGGAACUGAACUGUGAUCUGAAAAAGGAUUUAAACAUGGCUGGUGAUGUUGGAGACGUGGAGGAGUGUCUCAGUGCUGCAGUGAGCCAGGCUGUAGAUACAGCAUGAAAAGAAAAGAAAACCCCUCAUACCCCUGACGUCCAUCUUGAAGAAAAACAGUACUCCAACGAUACAGACUUCCUGAAAUCUAAACGUCCAAACUGCCUUCACAGUGACUCAGGUGCAGGGAGUUCCUGGUUACAACCACUAAAGAACAAGAGAUGAAGAACAGAGAAAGUUAAAAAGGAGGAAAAAAGAGAUGAAGAAAGAGAGAAGAAGAAGAAUAUGAAGAAGAAAAAGAAGACAAUGAAGCUGAUGAUGAUGAUGAUGAUGAUGAUGAUGAUGAAGGAGAAGAUGAUGAAGAAGAGUGCAUUUCACUAUGUUGUGUUUGGUGAGCUCUGAUCUGGUUAAAAUGUAGAAACCAGAAAAAAUGUGAACGCUGAUUAAACAUAAAAAAAAAAAAGACACUGGACAAUAACCAUGAAAAAAAAAACAA